ACUACUUUCUGGUAGGAAGCGGUGAGGUUUGCGCCCACCCGAGGUCUAUAAGACGUAACGGCCACGGUCAGACGUUGUUGACAGUCGGUCUGUCCUGUCAUAACGUUUGUGCAGUCAGAUGUACACACAGCGACAAAACGAAAGAAGCAAAGAUAUGGCCGCAAGGAAGAGAGUCGCCAUUGUGGGAGCAGGGCUCGCCGGUUUGGCGGCCAUCAAGUCGUGUUUGGAAGAAGGGUUGGAGCCUGUGUGUUUCGAACAAUAUGACAACUGUGGUGGUGUUUGGUACUACACGGAAGAAUACAGAGAAGGGCAGGGUGCAAGGGCCUUUGAUUGUCUGACAACGAACAUCAGUAGGGAGAUGUUUGGCUUCAGCGAUUUUCCCUACCCUCCCAAUCUUCCGCCAUUCCUGCCGCGCACCAUGGUCUACGACUACAUCCUGAGCUACUGUGAGACGUUUGGACUCGGCAAAUACAUCCACCUCAACACCAGGGUCAAUAACAUAAAGAAGUCAAGGGACUACAACGUUACGGGAAGAUGGGAGGUGGAAACGAUGGAUUCAGAGAAGAAGACCCAAAGGGACAUCUUUGAUUUCGUUAUGAUCUGCACUGGUUUCUACAAGAAGCCUCGCAUACCUGAUAUAAAAGGACUGGAUACUUUCAAAGGAACUAUUGAACACUCUAUGAGGUUCAAAGAUGCUGUGCAAUACAAGGGCAAGUCUGUACUUGUAGUUGGAAACUCCCAUUCUUCCGGAGAUAUGUCAGCUGAGUCUUCAGCUUAUGCAGAACAGGUAUAUUACAGUGUAGGAGAAGGUAUGCUUAUGAUGCCAUUGUGUGUCAAAAACGGGCAACCGUGGGACCUGGUUGUCUUUAGGAGGGCCAACAUGUGGAAUCCAGUCAAGUUCUUCAAGUUAGUGGUCGACUUGUGCAAUGACCGUCUUGACCACAGGCAUGCAGGGUUCACCCCCACAACUCCCCCGUCAAAGACUAGAGUAAUGCUCAACGAUAGAGUUCAGUAUAAAGUCAUGAGUGGGAGGAUUAAAGUUGUCAAUAGACUGACUCGUCUUGGACCCCACGAAGCUGAAUUUGACGAUGGCACGAUCAUCAAGAACUUGGACGCCAUUUUGUUUGCUACCGGAUAUGAUCUUUUGAUAGACUUCCUCGAUGAGCCGUUACAAGAGGAUGAUGGCAAGUUGAGUCUGUACAAGAUGAUGUUCCCACUUCAUCAGCAUCACACCCUGUCGGUGAUUGGUUGCGUGGACUCUGAUGGAGCCAUUCCUCCACUAGCUGAGUUACAGGGCCGCCUUGCAGCCCGGGUAUAUGCCGGCAAUCAUCGACUGCCUUCCUUGAAGGUCAUGGCGGCUGAAGUGGAAAAGAGAAACUCCUCUUUAUUUGAAAGAUUUGGACGCUACAAAUAUCUGAUACCCAACCUUGUUUUCCGAGACGAAGUGGCAGAAGAGCUAGGCGUGACCCCCUCCUUUUUGGACCUGAUCAAGGCGGGGCCUCGAAUUGCCUAUCUCUACUACUACGGGCCUGCUCUCCCAUACCACUAUCGACUGUGGGGGCCGCAUACUUGGAGUGGAGCAAAGAAAGCAAUCAAGUAUGCUGUAGAACAUGGUCACUAUGCUAAGCAAAUGAGGAAUGUCCAACCACCGGACGGUGCAGGAGCAAACUAUUUCUUCAGAAUUAUCAUUGUUUCCACAGUUGCUGCCUUGCUGGCUUUGGCCUACCAGAGAACAUAUUUCUAUUGAUAUCCGCACAGCAUGGUCCCUUCUAAACGUUCUGUGCAGAUUUGCUUCCAUUAGCUAUGCCAGAAUACGGUGUACCUAGAGGUAGUUAAGCUGAGUCCCAUUGGUCGAGCUAUUACUCUUCAAAUUAUUUUUAAAAGGGCAUUCACCAAUUCACGCGCUGUAUAUCAAGACAAUGAACCCAUUGUCAUAUAGUAUUUGCAUUCUUGUUUAUACAUCAUAUACAACCUUAUGAAUAUGCACUCAUGUUAUAUAUGUGAGAGUAUUAUCUUAUCUUAUAUGAAAUACUAGCUUCGGAUUAGUUAAGGAACGGACAGUUAUUUUCCAUGUAGCCCGCUGAGAAAUCCAUCGGAAAACAUCUUGGCUAAAUUGCUUAAAGUAUCAUAAAGAUUUUUUUUUUUAAAUGUACUCAUGUUUAUCCCAAUGAAUCGGAAGUAACUCGGAUCGUUUCCGUCGCCCGCUCCUCGUGAUCGAUUGACAACUUAUAUUAUAAUAGCCUUCAACACAUCACCCUUCGACACAUCACUCUUUCUGCCCUUUUCUUACGAUGUGAAGUUUAUGAAAUAGUCCAACUGGAGUUACCUCCCUUUAACAGUGUGUACCGAUUGCACCACAAACAAGCCAGCAUGUGGACAGCGAAUAGUGAAAGGCGUACUUUUUUCAUUCAGAUUGUGUGAAUGGCGGUUGCUACCGGUAGGUCAGGACAUGCUUACUCUUUUCGCGACCAUCUGGUGUUAUCAGUGGUCCAUUCAUAUAUUAUUCACAGCUAUUUUGCCCUUACACCAAAUGGAAUCUGUUACGGCGGAUACUCUGAUACAUUGACAACAAUUUAUAUUUAUAAGAAUGCAGAUGACGGUCAGAAUGAUCAAAUCCUGCAAGUAAGCAGAGUAAACAGACCCGUGAAGAUCCGGGAUUGAAUUGGUCUUCAGCAGCCCAUGCUUGCUGUAAAAGACGACUAUGAUUAUCGAAAGAGGCGACUAUCGGGAUCGGGUGGUCAGGUUCGCUGACUUGGUUGAUGCAUGUCAUCGUAACCCAAUUGCGUGGAUCGAUGCUCAUGAUGUCAAUCACUGGAGUUUAGGUAGAUGAUGUCAUACCACUUGUAUUUGUGUUAUUUACAUGUAUCACUUAUGAUAGAUCACAUGGUUGGUUUCAUAACGUUUGUAUAUGAAUAUUUCCCUGUGUUUAAGUCCACGUCAUAGUCUACAAAUCCUCCCUUGAAUGCGACGUUGAACCCCGUGUCACUGACUUCACCCUUUCCCUCAACCCGCACCUUCCACUUACAAUGUCCGGCCCCUCCGGCGUGUCAUAAACCCAUUAUUGUGGGUUCGAAUCCCUGUCCGCCCCGAUUUUGUUUUUCGGUUUGUCAGCACCAUACCCGUGCUCGUGGGUUUCACCAAAGUGGUAAACGUCUGAGACCUGCAUCACCUCGGGCCUUCUUCCCACAUUAAGCUGACACGCCGCGAUAUAACUGGAAUACAAGUCAACGGGCGUUCAACCCAAUUCACUCACAUUUAUGAGUGUUCCCUGUGACGUCCAACGUGUCUUGACUGAUCUAACACUGACAUCAAUGUUCAUAAAUAGUUGAUGACAUUGUUGGAAACCACAAUGAACACUUAAGAUAUUUUAUACGGGACACAGAGAGCGGAAAGGGUUUGCCGGUGUCUGCAGGGCCUUUUUAAACCUACAUUACACAGCUUCCUGGUAAAUGGUGACUAAUAUGUCAAUAUAAUAAAAUAUAUAUUAUCUUCA